CGUCUCCAUACUUUCCGCAAACUGCCUCCUGCCUGCCAAACUCCACUAAAGUAACUACUCUCUCCAACUCUUUUUCCCACCGCCUCCGCCGCCUCCGCCUCCGCCGCCGCCGGACACAAUCGUAAUCUGUCAAUCUUUCCACUGACACUGACGAAUCAAGGAAUUGUGAAUUCUGCAACAGCAGCUUGAAAAGCUUUUGAUGCAAAAACUGCUGCGUUUCCUCAAAACCACAUCGCCUUCUCCGCUUAAUUUCUGCUCAAAACCUUGCGCUGCUUCCCCGAUCAACCGAUUCUCCUAUUUCACCCGAUCUUACAAAUCCACAUCGGAACGCGGCUGUGAUUUUUGGAAAUUUUCGAUGGCAAGUUCAGGGACGGUGAAGUUGCCUCCGCCGCCAAUUGAAGAGGGUUUAGGUACAAGAUUCUGGAUCAAAUCGAACAAGGAAUGGACGCAGGCUCUGUACACACCGUUUCUUGUCAGUUUGGCUGCCGGAGAUCUCAAACUGGACAGUUUUCGACAUUAUAUAGGACAGGACGUUCAUUUUCUCCGGGCCUUCGUGAAAGCGUAUGAAAUGGCUGAGGAGUGUGCAGAUGAUGAUGAUGCAAAAGUUGGGAUUAAUGAAUUACGGAAGAAUGUUCUUGAAGAGCUCAAAAUGCAUGGUUCAUUUGUUCAAGAGUGGGGCUUUGACCUAACAGAAGGUAGUCCGGCAAAUGCUGCAACUAUCAAGUAUACUGACUUUCUAAUAGCAACAGCCUCAGGAAAAAUUGAAGGACUAAAAGCUCCUGGGAAACUAGCUACCCCUUUUGAAAAAACAAAAUUAGCUGCUUACACUCUUGGUGCUAUGACCCCGUGUAUGAGGCUCUAUGCCUUCCUAGGCAAGGAGCUGCAGACGUUGCUUAGCUCAAGUGAGGCCAUGCAUCCAUACAAAAAGUGGAUUGACAAUUAUUCCUGUGAAGCAUUUCAGGCUGCAGCUUUGCAAACAGAAGACUUGCUUGAAAAAUUAAGUGUGUCUUUAACUGGAGAAGAGCUUAAUAUCAUUGAAAAGCUGUAUCAUCAAGCUAUGAAGCUUGAAAUAGAGUUUUUCCUUUCUCAGCCAAUUGUUCAGAAAACGGUUACUCCUCUCCAUCAAGAGCACAAUUCAGGGCCGCAGUGCCUGAUGUUAUUUUCGGAUUUUGAUUUGACUUGCACUGUGGUGGAUUCUUCUGCAGUCUUGGCAGAAAUAGCAAUCCUCACAGCCCCAAAAUCAGAUCAAAAUCAAUCAGACAACCAACUUGCUCGAAUGUCCUCGGCUGAUUUGAGAAGCACUUGGGAGGAACUUUCUAAGCAGUACACCGAAGAGUAUGAGCAAUGUAUAGAAAAUAUCUUACCUUCUAAUACAGUGGAAAAAUUCGAUUAUGAAGUUCUGCAUAAAGCACUGGAGCACCUUUCGGAAUUUGAGAAAAAAGCCAAUUUAAGGGUGAUAGAUUCUGGAGUGCUUAAGGGUCUGCAUUUAGAGGAUAUAAAACGAGCAGGAGAGCGCUUAGGUCUCCAAAAUGGUUGCAAGAGUUUUUUCCAGACUGCACUUAAAAAUAAUAAUCUAAACACAAACAUCCAUGUCCUGUCCUAUUGUUGGUGUGCUGAUCUCAUUAGAUCUGCUUUUUCCUCAGGUGGCCUAGACUCCGUGAAUGUACAUGCAAAUGAGUUUGUAUAUGAGAACUCAUUAUCCACCGGAGAAAUUAUUAAAAAGGUCGAGUCUCCUAUCGACAAGGUCCAAGCUUUUGAUGGUAUCUUGCAGAACAGUGCCAAAGAUACUAAGAAUCUGACAGUGUACAUUGGAGAUUCAGUAGGCGACUUACUUUGCUUGCUUAAGGCAGAUGUUGGCAUUGUGAUAGGUUCAAGCUCGAGUCUGCGCAAGGUGGGGAGCCAUUUUGGUGUUUCUUUCGUGCCUUUAUUUCCUGGUGUGAUUGAGAAGCAAAAACAAACUGCCGACGAAAGUUUAUCUAGUUGGAAUGGUCUAUCAGGCGUUCUCUACACAGUCUCAAGCUGGGCGGAGAUUCAUGCAUUUAUUCUGGGUGGGUCGUAAUGGCCCUCACCUGGAUUACGCUCUUUCUUGACGAGAUGUUCAUAAUAUUUGACACACAACACAGACAAGCUCAGUGGCUGUGUUUUUUGUUGCGGGCCACAAAUCAGCUUUGUUUUGUCAUUUUUGGUUUUUACUGCAGGGUCGUCUGUCCUGGUAUCAGAAAUCACUACUCCAUGCCCUCUUUUACUGUGGGAAUUUCCUUCCAUUUGAAAACUAUGAAACGCGAUUCUUUUGGCUGGAACGAUAUGUGAGUUUCCUAUCCAAUCCUAUCCUACCCUACCCUAUCGUACUGUCGAUCAUGCUCAAGUAUUUCAUUUCAUCUAAUAAUUCAAUGUUUUUUUACUGCC